UAGCCUAAUUAAUAUGUCAUCUGAUACAGGCCAUCUGAUAGUCCAAAAAUAAAGAAAAUUUAACAUAAUGGCAAAAUCUUGGAUGGUCUUCGGCCUGUUCUUCACAGCAGCUUUUACAUCUUAUGUCUCAGGUUUGGUGGUUGUCACUUCCUGUGAUGCAUGCCAUAAGCAUGCCAUAUGUGCACCUGUCCUGAAAGAAUCUCCACCUCCAGCUGAUUCCAUUCCAACGACAUUCACAUGCUCCUGCACUGAGGGUUUCUCUGGCAAUGGCAUUACUUGCUAUAACAUCUCGGUAUGUAGCAAGCCUGCGGCUACCUGCUGCACAGAUGGGUAUCGUUGGUCUGAACAUGGCUGUGUUGACAUUGAUGAGUGUUCUGGUGAGAAGAGUCCCUGCACUGCUCCACUACAGUGCAAAAAUACUCCCGGGUCUUUUGCCUGUCUGGCCCCAGCUGCUUACACUAAAGAUACCAUGGUAAAUGUUGAGCUAGCCUCUAACCAGCUGAGUUGUGGGGGUGAGGUGUGCAGCUCAGGCCAAGACUGCAUCAAUAUAAAUGGAGCUAUCCGCUGUGCUGAUCCCUGCCAGUACUACACCAUUCUGGAUGAUCCAUGGCGCUCCACUAACGUAACAACUGGUACCUUGCACUGCGAUGUGGGCAUCAACUGGCAAGGAUGGUACAGGAUGUACCUAGGCAAUGCCAGUGUGCAGAUGCCUGAGAGAUGCAUCCAACCCAACACUUGUGGCACAAAUUCCCCAAUCUGGCUCAAAUCUCCCCCUCCGUCACAAUCAGAUGGCGUGGUGCAGGCUACUGUGUGUGGAAGCUGGGUAGCAGGUUGCUGUAACUUUGAGUUCUCUAUCGGUGUCAAAGCCUGCCCGGGAAAUUACUAUGUCUACAAGUUUGUCUCACCACCCCUGUGCUUUCUUGCAUAUGCAGCAGAUGCCAACUCAGUAGUGUGUGACACCUGCAGUACAGGAGAGUCCUGUGUCAGUGCAGACAAAGUCACCUGGACGUGCAAGACUCAAGAUCCAGACCCAGUGCGCCUUGUUGGCGGCAGUAACAGAUGUGAGGGCAAAGUGGAGCUGUACCAUGAUGGCCAGUGGGGCACAGUGUGUGAUGAUGGCUGGAACAUGAACAAUGCUGAAGUGGUGUGUAGACAAGUAGGUUGUGGAAGGGCCAUUUCUGCACCCAUAAAUGGAUUCUUUGGGCCUGGCACUGGUCCCAUCUGGCUGGAUAAUACAGAUUGCACAGGCAGCGAGGCCUUCCUGGUAGACUGCAAUCACAACAGCUUUGGGAAUCACAACUGUUUCCAUCAGGAGGAUGCUGGAGUGAUCUGUGAAGAUUCAUCCCCCAAGCUGAUAUGUAACAGCACAGCAAUGUUCGUGGGGGUUCCAUCCAACUUCAAUGUCUCCAGAUCCCUCGACCCUUUAUCGGGUCACCUGGCAGACCCAAGCUGCUCAGCGGGGAAUGAGGUCAAUGGCAUUGUAUGGUACGAGGUGCAAAGCCAGGCAGGCGUGUGUGGAAAUGUGCUGAGGACAAACAAUACCCAGGCAAUCUACUCCAACAUUUUAUACCUCUACCCUGUAAAUAUCUCUACAUUCGUACUACCCACGGCAUUCCCCUUCUCCUGCAUAUAUCCCCUGGACUCUGUUACAAGCUUGGAUCUGGAACUGAAACCCUUUUUACCGACGCAGGACGGUCUGGUUGGUUUCGGCCCUAGUGCCCACGCCUCCAUGUUAUUGUUCCAUGAUGCCAACUUUACAUCAUCGUACCCUCCAGGGCCUGUUACACUACCGGUCGGGACUCCACUCUAUGUGGGUUUAAAUUUGCAGGAUGUGGAAGCUGCUCAUUUCAAUGUGGUCGUGGAGGACUGUUAUAUUACAGACACGGCAGCUGCCAACAGCACUGAGAGAUAUUAUCUUAUUCAAAACCGCUGUGCCACUAACCCACGUGAAGUGACAGUGAAUGAGAAUGGCGUGUCUCAGAGUGCACGCUUCACUGCUCUGCUCUUCCUGUAUCAGGGCAACUAUGAUGAGAUGUUUCUGCAAUGCCACUUCACCUUGUGUGACAGUACAACCGACUCUUGCUCUGCGAGGUGUCAGUCCAGAACCACUCGCUCUAUCUCCAACCACAAGUCUCUCACUGUCGGGCCAAUUAGCUUGACCAAAGGAGGACAGUGAUCUUACCUACACUGGACCAUCCUGUUUAUGUUAAAUGCUUAUGAUUUUAAGGAUCCUGCUGAAAAUUUAAGAACCCGCCGGACCAAGAACCUAAGAAGAUAAUCUGCGAUGCUUUGGCACGCAGGGAAUUGAAUUAGGAGUAUCCAAAAAGUAUUUUAUAUUUAAACUAAUUAAUUGCCCUCACAAAUUGCCCUUUUCAUAUUAGAAAAAAUAAAUAAAUAAUAAACAGUACAAUGUGAUUCUCUUCACAAAAAAGGUAUAAAUAUAGGUUAACUACGGAGGGAAUUUCUUAGUUAAUGUUAAUUUUUGUGUUUCAUUUAAUACUUUCUAAUACAAUAAAUUAUACAUAAUACAUUAAUAUAUAAAUAAGCAAGUUUUGUGUUUCUUAGCAACAGAGCCUGAAAAAUACUUUAAAAUCACAGAAAUGAAAUGUGACAUAUUGAUUAAAAAAACAGCCUCCUUAAACGUGCUGCUUUCUUGCUUCUUACCAGUCAGUGCACAAUGUGGGUGGUGUUUACAGACAGAGUGGUGUAAAAACCCACAACUUCAAACAGAGCACACUCAGAGUGCAUUUAUGUGGUGGUUACGUGGCUCCAUAAAACAGUCCAAAUGAUUUAUUUUUUUGAAAGAGGGAUUAAAGAAAGACAUCUUAGCUCCCAUGCACUGUAUU